UGGUGAUGGUGGUUUUCACUGGAUAAUGAGAACAUAUAUUUGUAGGGGACCUCUAUUUCUUUAAUCCUUUCAAGGACAAGCAUGUUUGGUUCUUUAGCUUUUGGAAGAAAGUGAUGGAUGACAUGGGCACCAAAUUUCAAUCCCAAUUGCCACUCAAUUACUUCAACAACUGCAACCAGCAUCAAGACUCAAUGGAUACAUCACUAGAAAAAAACCACUCCAACAAAGAAACUAUGAAAAAUAUAAUUCUGAAACAUGAAGAGAUGUUCAAACAUCAGGUAUAUAUAAUAUGUCUCAUGCAGUCAGGUUUUGUAUGUUUGAAUUCCAUUGAUUUAUGGACUCAAUGUCAGGUGCAUGAACUCCAUCGAUUAUACAGAAUUCAGAAGACGCUAAUGAAGGAUCUGCUAAACAAGGAGAGCAGAGACACAAGAGCCUGUUUUCCGGGCUUCAAAGUCGGAGUCGAAGAUUCAUUGACAGAUGAAGAAGAGAAUGAACUUGAGUUGACAUUAAGCAUUGGCUGUGCUGCAAACAAGAAGAAAUCAAAGCUGAUCACUGGACGUUUUUGUUUCCAUUAAUCAAUAUCAAUGUGUUGAUUUGUUGUUUGCUUA